AUGAAGGACUCUGAGCCUUUCGAAUCCACCCUCAUUGGCACUGUGAGCCAGGCUGUUAAACAGGAAGCUGGUGUGGCUUUCGUCCAGUUGCAGUCUGGCGCGCUCAAGAAGAUCGUGAUCAUCAGCGUGAGCUUGACUGCUGUCCAUGGCCGAGAUGAGUUUGCUGAGCCACCCAUAGGGCUCUGGCUUAUGAUCUGGCAUUUCGUUCACUGUUUCGCCAACGGCGUAUUCACUACUUCCUGGGAUGUCGCAUCGAUGCCUCCUUUGAUAGCGGAUACAUCUUGCGUCGUCAAUAACUUGCACAUUAUCGCCCUCGUCCUUGUGAUCGCUCGUCGCUGGCAAGUCAUGGCCCGCCCAAAAAUCGCCUACCUCGAAACCGUCCUCCAUCUUCAGUCUCAGAUUCUUGAUGUACCCACACAGUUCCACGUUUUCGAGAAGAGUACGCGGUAG